GUGGCGCUCUGCGCAUGCGCGGCGGGCACCGGCCCGGAGGUAAGGCCUGGGGGGGGGGGGGGGGGGACGGGACAUACCCCGCGCUCCACGGACACCCGGGACACCCGUCACACACCCCGGGGGCCGCUGCGCCGCGGCCGGGUUGCGCCCAGCUCCUCCGCCACGGCCCCGCGGCCUCCCCUGCCCCACCGGCCUCUCCGCCGCUGCCCAAAAGCCUCCUCUGUCCCUGCCCCACAGCCCCCCCUCCCCGCCCCACGGGCCUCCCCCCUGCCCCACGGGCCCCCCUCCCCGCCCCACGGGCCUCCCCCUGCCCCACGGCCCCCCCUCCCCCUGUCCCACGGGCUUCCCCCCUGUCCCACGGCCCCCCCUCCCCGCCCCACGGGCCUCCCCCUGCCCCACGGGCCUCCCCCUGCCCCACGCCCCCCCUCCCUGCCCCACGGGCCUCCCCUGCCCGCGGCCCGUCAGCCCCGCCUGCUCCCCGGGCCCCUCCGCCACGGCCCCACAGUCGCUCCUGCUCUCCACGGCCCCUUUGCUCCAGCCGUGUGGCCCCUCUGCCACUGCCCCGCAGCAGCCCCCCCCCCCCCUCCGAACCCCACCAUAUCCCUGUCCCACCCUGUCGUACUCCCCUCCUGCGACUUCCCCGGCCCCCGGUGCUGACACUCCACCCCUCCGUGGCAGGUCCUUUGCAGUGAACACCCCCCUGCAGCGCUGGCGCGGUUGGCUUACCCUCGCUGUGCUGCCAAGGGGCUGUUUCUCUUGAAAAGGAAAAAUUGAGCCAUUCAUCGAUGUGAACCCCCAGACUGACCUGAGCGGGAGCGGCUGCAGUGGCAGAUUGCAUCAAUCAUGGAGAAGUUUGGCAUGAACUUUGGAGGUGGCCCAAGUAAAAAAGAUCUUCUAGAGACUAUUGAAUCGCAGAAGCAGCAGCUUCUUCGGUACCAGGUUCGGCUGAAGGAUGUUGUCAGAGCCUACAAGAGCCUGCUCAAAGAGAAGGAAGCCUUGGAAGCCAGCUUGAAAGUAUUGUCUGUGUCUCAUGAGGCAGAUAUUGGCUUGAGCGGUGCUCAGCCUGCGUCAGUGGCUAGCUCCGGCUCUUCCUUUGCCGAUUCUGCUGAUGACAGGAGCUCAGUUCACAGUGAAGAUAGUGUGGGGACCGCUACCAGCGCAGACACUGCUGCCAGUCUGGCCAGUACCAAGGGUGAACCAGGGCCUGAGGAUGAUAAGCCUGCGGCCACCGCUUCCUCUCUUAAAUCAGAAGAGACGAGCAGUUCAGAGAGCGGCAUCAGCACGAGCAGCGGAGAUGUGUGCUCUCCUGGUAGUGAGGCUGAUAAAAGAGUGCUCCAGCUGAAGACCCAGUUGGCCACCUUGACCAGUGCUCUGUCAACAGUCACGCAAGAGAAGUCCCGCAUGGAAGCUUCAUACCAAGCAGACAAGAAGAAGAUGAAGCAGGACCUGGAUGAUGCUGUUAAGAAAGCAGAGGACGAGACCGAGAAGUUGGAGACAGAGCUGAAGUCUGUCCAGGAACAGCUAGCCGAGACCAAAGCCCGUCUGAUCACGCAGCAGCACGACCGAGCCCAAGAACAGAGUGACCACGCUGUUAUGCUGCGAGAGCUACAGAAGCUGCUGCAGAGCGAGAGGACUUUGCGCCAGGAUGCGGAGCUGAAGCUGGAGGAGACCAGGGAGGUGCUGGCCGGGAGGGCAUGCAUGGCUGACCGUGCCGAGGGGUACGAGCUGCAGAUCAGGCAGCUGAGCCAGGAGGUGGAAAACCUGAAGAGAGAGCUGCAAGCUGUCCAGGAGGAGAACAACAAGCCAGACCCCCGGAUACAGGAUCUGCAGGAGGAGAUGGCCAGCGUUAAGAACCACUUCCAGGUGCAGCUGCUGCAAGAGAUGAGGAAGACUGCACAGGCAGAGGAGCAGCUCCGCCAGCACGCCCAGAUGGAGGAGCGGCGAGUGGCCGACUUGGAGGGCCAAGUCUCCGAAGUGUCAGAACUACUUGGCACGUACGAAAAAGCCAAGCAGAAAGACCAAGUGGUCAUUCAGAAGCUAAAGGACCGCAUCGUACAGUUGGACCUGGAGAACAAAACCCUGGCCAUCGCUGCCUCCAGCCGAUCCCCUCUUGAUAUUCACGUAGAAGAAGCCAAUCUUGAUGUUAAUGUUCUGAAGGAUAAAAUGGAGAAGCUGAAGAAGCUCUUGCAGGCAGCAGCUAAGAAGAGUCAACCCGCUCUGGACGUCGAGAAGCUGUGUGAGCUGGAGCUGCCAAAGGGCACUGAGGCUGGGGAUGGUGAGAAGGCCACAGCUCUGUACUACCAGCAGGAGCUGAAGCAGCUGAAGGAAGAGUUUGAAAGGUACAAGAUGAGGGCACAAGUGGUUCUCAAGAACAAGUCAGCCAAAGAUGGCAAUCUGGCUAAAGAACUGGAGGAAGCUCAAGAGCAGCUGGCUGACCUGAAAGAGAAAUAUGUUGUGCUUCAGCUCUCCUCUGAUGAAAUGGAGAAGCAGCACCAGCAAGACAUGGAAGCCAAGAAGCAAGAGCUGUUGCAGCUGCAGCAAAUUCAUAGGCAGGAACUAGAGCGAUGCCAGCUGGACUACAGGGAACGGGCGCUGAAGCUGGAGGAGGAGAUGCACAAGCAGCGGGACCGAGCACUGGCAGUGCUGGCAGAAAAGGACCAAGAGCUGGAGCAGCUGAGAUCUGUCACGCUGCCUUACGGGCUUCAGGGAUCCAAAAACUACCUGGCGCCAGGGACUGACCUUACUGGCAAUGACUCACCGGGUAACGAGUCCUCAGACAUUCUCCCCCAGGCCCUUCAUCUCUCCGCCGCCAGUGAGCCCACCUUCUUCUUGUAUGCAGAGCAGCUGGCUCGCAAAGAAGUGGAAAUUGUAGCGCUGAGGAAGCAGAAGCACAAGCUGGAAAUGCAAGUUCACCAGCUCCAGGAGAAAAUCUUGGUUGAGGAGGAGAAGCACCAUGAAGAGGUAUCCGCACUUCAAAGCGAAAUCGAGAAGAACUUCCGAGACAAGAGCAGAGAGGGAGCCAACCUGGAAUAUCUCAAGAACAUUGUCUAUAGAUUUUUGACGCUGCCGGAUUCUCUCGGUCGCCAGCAGACUCUAACUGCCAUAUUGACUAUUCUGCAUUUCAGCCCAGAAGAAAAGCAAGCUAUUACAAAACAGUCAGCGUACAGCAGCUGGUGGCUUUCUGGGAAGAGAUGAGAUGGUAGCUUCUGUUCCUAACUGCUUUUGCACAGUGACACGUUUCUGAUUAUCAACGAAGACCACUUCACUUGUGGUGUAACCUCUUCCCAACCAUGCGAUGCAGCAGGGAGCUUUCAGCAAAGAAUCGGACUUAAACUAGUGCUCUUAGCACUAAUUUCAAGUAGAAUUGUGCCAACUAUUCCAGUAGAAUCACAGUGCUUCCUUGCUCUGUGGUGUGAGAAUUUGCUCUGAGUUGGAACUUGAUUUAAAAAAAAAAAAUUGAAGAUACUGAUGCUUUUUUUAAACACCAUUUAAAAAAGCCCUACCUGUCAGGCGUAGGGUGAGGAGCUCUAUUAGAGUGGAACUUGCUUGUAUCUUCAAACACCAGACAGCUUGUGACUCAGAAGAUUUAAAGGCAGGGGGAGCACUUAACAUGGUGCUAAAAUAACAUAAGACAAAGAGCUGAAAGUCUGCAAGGGUGAGUCUUAACUACCAGCGUCAUCCAAAUGCAGAAAACGUUGAGCAAUUUCUCAAAAGUACGGGUUGGUUUUGGGGUGGGUUUUUUUGUUACCUAGAGCCAAACUGACAGCAGCGGAUCCAGCAGCUCCUCGCAGCACUGGGACCAUCCGAUGGCACAGUGUGUUACGGUGUGCUCCGGUUACUGACCGGGGAGUCUCUCUGCAGUCAUCCAUGUUUCCCAGGAAGGAGGAAAGCUAUCCCGAGCGCCGGACAGCCUGAGCCCAUGUACCUGCAGUGGUGCAGGCAGCGAUUCCCCACCAGUGUCAAACCAGCAGGUGCUUUGUCCCCGUUCUUUUAGAGCAGGUACCUGAGUUUUCUGACCCUCUUUGAGGUGGGAACCAGGGCAUUGCAGAAAGCAAACUGAGGAGAGGCUGGAAUAGGCACUUUGACCCUUCACCAGUCAUUUUCUGAGCAUUUGGGAGGUUUGGUGAAGUUUUGGAUGUUCCACAACGUUGGUUUUAGAAACAAGGCCUUGCUCCUGCUGGGAUAGAAGCAGCAAGCAGCUGCAAGGGGCAGAAGAUACCAGCUCUGGUGGCAAUGUGUGCCCUGGGUUUGCAGCAAACACUGAGGACGAAGGCCUGAUGGUUGCUGCAUAGACCUUGAAGUUCUUGGGCAACUUCCUUGCAAAUUGGUGAGCGUGGCAGGAAGGAAGUCAAACCAUUUUGAAACACCUCUGGCUUUGGUGGACGGCUGUAAGCUCCCUGCUGACAUUCCUGCGUUCUGCAGUUGUGUUCCAGAUCUGCCAGCUCCCGGCCGCUUUAACCCAGAACGACUGAGCUGAAAGCCCUGGCUGGGUGAGGAGAUGGCUGUAGCGCGCGUUUCAUGAACGGUCGCGAGACUAAAACCAGAGCCUGUGUUUUGGACAUCAGUGGCGAGGGGCAGCUGGCAGGCUCGGCGCGAGGCCAGCACUGGCACGAGCGAACUCCUCUGCUGCGGUGAGAACCUGACUUUCCUUGUGUUGUGUGAGCUCCGCGCUCGGGUGCCUUGAGAGCCGACCGGCUGGAGGAGGGGAACGCGCCGUUUCACCCUCAAAGCCCGUGUUCACUCCGGUGGAGGGGCUGGGGUGGUGGCUGGCCUUACCCUGUUGCCUUCCCUUCGCCUUCCAUCUCCCCGCUGCCAGGCUGAUGGUUGAGACCAGGGAAGCAGCCGCCUGUCUGGAGGGACGGGCUGUCCCCCUGGGGAUGUCCCUGCCGAGCCCCUGGGUGCUGGGGCCACUAGAGGGCACCCACCACUUGCCCAGUCCCUGGGGACAGGGACCCUAGGGUGCUGCAGCACUGCCGGGGCCUGCUCCCCCAGGACGGGACCUGGCUCAGGAAAGCAACACGGAAGGAAAGCAGCAAGGUGGCACGAGAGGGCUGGGCUCGGCAAUGCUGCAUCUUGGCGCAGCUCGUGCGGGGGCUUUGGGCUCUGCAGGGGUUCUGUGCGGUUGGCAGGGCGGGUUUCUCUGUCCAAAACGUGGUCUGCUGCGCUGAACUGCUCCUGGGGCAGGGUGACGGCACUUUCUGUAACGAAGGGUAUGCAAAGUAAAAGAAAGUGUGCUUAUUGUGUGUCCGGUGCUGCCUGUUGGCAUUAAGUUACCCCAAAUGGGAAAGAGCAUCUCUGCGAGGCCGGAAGAACUGCGCUGGCUGGAUCUCCUGGAAAAGCAUCCAUCAGGAAGUGUUUGUGCUGAUAUCUAAAUGGUCCUUACUCUCUUAAACCAGGGAGGGAUGUUUUGCUUCCAGAGAUGUUGGGUGGUUGCCUGCAGCCCUGGGAACCGGCUACUCCCAGCUGUGCUUUUACUGAAGCUUCUAGAGCUUUCUCAGCUGCGUAGGCAAAAUCUCACUUGAGUUUUGUUUUCGUGCACCUGCUUUGUUUUUAAUUAGAGCUUGGCUACUACAGCACAACUUCCCAGUCCCAGAGUACAGGGAAAGUGUUUGUAAACACCGGCAUUAAGUCUCGUUUUAACAGUCCCCAGGCCUUAGUGCACUGCCCAGCCUGGGCAGCUCUUCGGGAGGGAGCUGCUGUGCCUCCGGGCAGCACCGGUGCCUUGGCAGCUUGUGCCGGCUCAGCCGCGUUGAUGAGCCGUUGCUGCUCCAGCCGGACAAGCCCCACUGCUCAGCGCAGGGUCGGUGCCGCUUGCUUUUGAGCGUGCGGCCUUGCACGGCUGCAACUUUGCAGCUGCUGCUGUUUUUUUACCGGAGCGUGCCCCGGACAUGUGAUGGGGCCAGCAUGGCGUGCACUGUUUUUCUGGCAGAGGAAGUGGGCUCUGAGAGGCUGCAGGAGCCGAGUGGGGCUCCCCAGCCACUGCAGCCUUCCCUGCCUCUCCGUGUCUCGGCACGGGGAGCCAGAGGCUGCGAGUGCCUCUGCGAUCCAAGAGCCUGGGAUGUGCGAAGAGCUUCAGCAGCUGAGCAAGACGGGGUCCUUUCCUCUCUCGGUGCUGUGCCAGUGCUCCUUGUCCUGUCAGUGGCCGAGUUCCCUGGAGUCUGCUCCACAAAUCCCACCUUGCUGAAGGCAAGGGCGGCGCUCCAGCUAAUGCAACCCUUGGUGCCAAUUUCUCCUCAAAAAAUCCUCAGGGAAACCAUGCCCCAGGCAGAACCUGUGGAACCUGUGCCUGCUGGAGGCCUUGGGAGGGGUGACAAAGCCAAGCAGUCGACAGUUCCUCGUGCUGACAUGGAUGUUGCCUCUGCGCAGAGGCCAGGCUGAGAGCGUCGGCGGAGGGGACAUCAGCUGGUUGGUCCCACGCAGGAUCCACGUGCUGCUCUGAUGGAGGCAACUGGACAGACAUUGGAGUUUGUUCCAGGGAGCGUUUGGUCUUGGGCUCCUCCGCUUUGAAACGCUUCUCAACGCUACGAGUGUUGGCUCAGCCCAGGGAUCUGCUGAGAAGAGCCCAGUCCAGAGUCCCUGUUUGGAAAGCUUGAAUCAAGUGGUGCCUCUGAAACCACAGGGAUUGCUCCAAAUCUUGCCCUGCAGCAGCAGGAGCCGUUCCUGCGACAGCUGAGGGUGGUGAUGCUUCCUUCUUGGUGAUGCUUCCUCCUGCUUCGGCCUCGCUGCACAGGCUGAGAGUGGAUCCCUGUUCUCCCUUUGCCUCAUGCUCUUCCGGAGGAGCCUCUGCCCAGAGAAUGGAGUGACCCAGAAGCGAUCCCGAGUGGUGGUGGGUUUUGUGAUGGUUGUCAGAUGCAGCAGGACCAACCCUGCUGUCCCAGGAGCGCUGGGAGGUGUCUGGUUCCUCCUCUGGUCCUGGGCAGGAAAAGUUGCUGGCCAAGCUGGAGAGUGGGUGGCCGGCGGGGAGGCAGCAGCAGCGGUGGUGACGGUGUGAGGGAACAGAACGGGGCCUGGCCGGGACCACGCGGAGCCGCUGCUCAGGGGCCAACAGGGCUUAAGGAGCGUUUCCUCGCCUGAUGGAGGAAGGAGGGAGCAGCUACAACGGAGGCAGCUGGGACCCACGGGGGAACAUCUCCAGGAGCUGCCAAAGGCCCUCUCCUUGCUGUCAACCUGGUGCAGCUCUCCCCGUGCAGUUCCUUUCUCUGUUCCCCCGCAGCCCCUAUCCCUCCUUCCCUCAGACCUUCCCCCACAUCCCUCCCUCCUCCCUCUUCAUUCAGCCAAUACCCUCCAAAAUAAAACUAAAACUACCCUGUUUGAAGCAUGA